GACUUAAAGCAACAGAGUCAUCAGAUUUUAAGUCCUUCACAUCAUGAAAAAAGGUUGUCAAAAUAUCUUAAAAAGAAGAAGUUUUUGCAAAUGAAAAUUAACUACCACAAAAACUUCUUGGAUUACAACAGACGUAACCAAAAUGUUAGGAAUAGAUAUAAGCACAAUCUGUUGUAUCAACAGAAACUCAAGGCUUUAAGUAAGUUAAAAUACUUAGAUGAGGUGCAUCAACAAGAUGUUAAAAACAGAGGCAAAAUUAAGUAUAGAGACGAUGAGACCCACAGACAAAUUGUUAAAAAUAGAAGCAAGGACAGAAGCAACAUGAAAUAUAGGGACAAUGAUACCCACAGAAAAAUUGUUAAAAAUAGAAGCAAGGACAGAAGCAACAUUAAAUAUAGGGACGAUGAUACCCACAGAGAAAUUGUUAAAAACAGAAGCAAGGACAGAAGCAAAAUUAAAUACAGGGAUGAUAAUACCCACAGAGAAAUUACUAAACACAGAAGCAGGGAAAUAAGUAAGGUUAAAUAUGGAAAUGCUGCAUUUAGGCAUAAAAAAAUAAACUUA